CCACAACGACGACAUACGUCCAUUCGCUGUGUAUACGUGCGCGCGUGUUUGCUCGUGGUGGUCUCACGUUGCGUUCACCUACUCGUGCGUGAUUUUUGUAUUUCGCGUAUUCUUCUGUGUGGUGCGGUGUGUCCGGUGAAUCCGGUCACAGAUUCGCAAGUUCUAUCUUUCUCCUCCUUCUCCGCUCUUGCCCGUUGAAAGGGUGAGACCGACGCGAUGUCCUCUCUGAAGGACGAUAAAGUGCCGUGCGCCCGGCUCUGCCACAUCGCCAAGUGGGACGACUUCCCGGGCUACGGCUUCAAUCUGCACGCGCAGAAAGGCAAAAACGGCCAGUUUAUCGGCAAGGUGGAUGAUGGUUCGCCGAGUCAGGCGGCCGGUUUGCGCCAGGGCGACCGGAUAAUUGAGGUGAACGAGAUUGACAUCGCGAACGAAACGCACAAUCAGGUGGUCGAACGCAUCAAGGCAUUCGCCAACGAAACUAAACUGCUAGUAGUCGACCAGGAGGCCGAUGAUUACUUCAGGGAGAAUAACAUCGUCAUCAAGGGCACCAUGCCUAAUAUCAAGGUGAUCAAGACGCCGGAGAAAAAUCCCAACAGCGUGGAAGACCGUUCUGAUGGCAGCUCCGUUGACGAGAGCACACAAAAAUCUAUAAGCUCCAACAAUACGGCGAAUAGCGACAGCACUAUCGUAGCACAAACGACGACCAACAACAGCAACGAAUCCAAUAUGCGGGAAAACGGCAACGGUGGCGUGAACCACGUGCACGGCACAGGUAAUGGUAGCGUGGCGAGCGGCGGUAGCGCAAACAGCGAGUCGCAAUCCCAGGGUCUGAAUCUGAAGAUGAGCGCGAAGGAGCUGAGGGCCCAGCUGGCGGCGCGCAAAAAAUACGACCCGAAGAAGGAGUCGAUCGGCUUCAAGGACAAAUUCGACAUCGUGCAGAAACUGUAGACGCAUCCCCACAUCUUUCCUCAAGUUAGUAUCCUUAUUCCUUUAUUAUUCCUUCCUUUUCUCGCGUUAUCGUCGUUUUUUUCGAUACAACGACGACGACGCGUCCCUUCCUGCGAUAGAACACACAUCGUUGCAACCGAUCAAAUUAUUGUUGUUGUAAUAAAUACACCGAUGCGCCGUUAUUUAGACUAUCGCAGACGCCGAGUGUCGAUGUCGAUAUUAUAACAUUUAAUACGCUCAUUCGCAGCGAUGAGGAAUGCUGCGACGAGUAUUAGGAUAGGAUAAGGAGAUAAUAUUGUUUGCGCAAGUACAUUGUUGAUUUUCGGUUUACACGAAAGCAAACUUACAUGUGCAAUCUUUGUCGUGUUCGCGCCAGAACUUACGGCAGAUUGCGAGUCACCGGUUUAUCAAUGUUUAACGUAGAGCUAUAACGAAGACGAUUGUUUCUUGACGAAAGUUGCGCGAAAGUUAUUCAAAAUUAUUAUUUUUUUAUAGUUAUUAUAGUUAUACAUACUUGAAUAUCUAUUAUGUUUAUUUUUUUUUGUUUUUGAAACAAUAAUUUAGUUUUUUAAAGAUGUUCCUGUUGUAAAUAAUUGCAACACUUUCCGAUGUGUAAUUAGUAAUGUAAAUCUUAUUUCUUUCCACUUGAUUACUCACGAAUGUCGUCAUAUUCACUUCUAAGCACCAUCCGUUAAAUUCGGGAGAUCCGUUUGCCGCUUCUUCCCAUGACUUUCUCCGGCAAGAAUUUAUCGCCGUCGACUGAUGUAAUACUUCUCUCGAACGUUGCGAUCAUAUGAAUUCUUCGUCGGCGGAAGAUAAUUACAAAUCCUCAAAUCAAGAAUAUAAAAACAACUUAUAAUACACAUAUCCGUCAAGCAUUUUGACAAAUUGGAAAUUUAUUGACAUCUAAAUUUUAUUGCUCUAGCUAAAAGUAUGUUUAAAAAAAUGUAGUGAGUCAAUG